UGUCGUAUGCUUCUUCCAUUUGACAGACCAACGUGUACCCGUUGACUUUUUACGUGGGCUGAACUGAGUGCCCCGUACACAUUUUAUGCGCAGGCAUCAAUUUUUGUUUGUUCAGGGAAAAGUGAAAUCCACUUACACAGACACUGACAAACACAGAAGAACAAUGAUUACUAUCAAAUCAUUCUUGAGGUGCAAGAAGUUAAGACGAUCGAACCGGCUUGAAAAAAUUGAAAAAGAAGAGAUCAGAGAGAAAGUGAUUCAGGAUGGACCUCUGGGUUACUUUGACAUACUUCCUAUUGAAUUAAAAUACCACAUACUGGGGUAUUUUUCAGUUAAGGAUCUCAGUAUUUUGACAAUAACAUCAAAGAUGAUGAGAAACCUAGUGGAAGGUUAUAGAGGUACCUCCCACUUCAGCCGCCAUCUUCUUCCACAACCCUUACCACACAAGAGUGUCCCUGUUGACAAGCAAGCAGACUACAUCCGAAAUUUUGAAAAAUUAGGUUUGUUGUUGAAGAGGUCAACAUGCCUGUAUGCCACAAAAGAUAGACUGAAGUUUAUUAUUGACUUCUUGAACAAGAUGAGCUGCUCUUACACCAAGGAUUGUGAAGAUAUCUCAAAAUGCAUUGCGCUUACAUGUUUUGGAAAGUUUCUUCACACAGUUUUGGCUGGAUGGGAUGAGGCAGAAUGUAUCAGGGCAUUUGACUGCAUUUGUUUUCACGUCAAUAUGCAAAGAACACUGACAAGUAUCUUAACAGGAAAACCGGGGGCAAACCUGAAGGUAGAAUAUGACAUCAGAAUAUUUUUCCGACGAGUGUUCCUGAAUCAGUGUGAGUCAGUCCAGGAUCGUGGAUUCUGGCUCACAAGAAUACUGAAGCCAUUUCCACUCGUUCACCAGGCCAGGCUACUCUUCAUUCUGUAUGGACCAGUAGUUGAAGAAGAAAUUAGCUGGUAUGAGAUGUGCGACACAUCCCCAACAGGGUCAGAACAGACAAGCUAUUAUUUCAAGGACCUUGCCAAUACAAUCCAAAUUCUUCACUGCAAAACUCAAGAGUGGUCAGAAGAUGACAUAAUCAGUGUAAUGGAUGAACUUUCAUGUAUACCAGAGGAAUGGCUCCCAGAAAAUUAUGCAAAUCUGAUGCUACUUUGUGGUGAUACUAUCACAACAAAAACUUUGAUUAGCAAGGCAAUAAAUGGUCGAGUGCUUGAGCUGUCUAGCAUCAUUGCAUCACUAUGUGGGGUUUGCUCAAAGAAUGGAUUUAGCCAAGACUAUGUCAUAAGUUUGACCCAGAAGAUUUUAGAAAUCAUGGACAGCGCUAAAGAGAGAGUGCAUCUAAUUACCUCUAUAACAGAGAAUUUCAAGGAGCUUUUGAUUGACCUUCAUGACUUUUCUUCCCAAGAUGAUCGUCAGCAUGAGGAAUUCCUGUACAUGGUAUCUGCUGUCACUCAGCUCACGAAGAAGGCCCUUCAUUUUGCAUUCAAGGAUAUGCUUUCAUCAUAGAAUGUGAUACAUGUAUACAUACAUUUGGCCAGUGGUUCUUAAUAUUUGGUUGAACUGUGAUACUAAAAAUGUGAUAAUAAUUGUUAUCUUUACACCCAGUCAUGGUUUCACACCUUAAUCUUUAAUGUGUAAAUUAUAACAUACUAGUAUAUUUACCCAUGUUAAGUAGGCAACCUCAGUAGUUUUUUAGGGUGGAAUUUUAGGGGUGGAAUAGAAAAUUGUUAGGCUGCAAAAUUAUUUAACAAUUAUACUACAUGUGUUGGACCUUUUAUAGUUGUUGUCCUGUGUUAUGAUCGAAUGUACAAUGUAUGUAAAUGCAUACAUAAAUAAAAGUAAUUGUGCAUAAUAUUUGAGUCCUUGAUUUAAAGACAUUGUAAACUUUGCAAAAUUUUGCUUCAAAUAGAUGUUUCAAACAGUGCUUGGCCAUCUCAACUAUCUUCACACAUGAAUUGAUAAUUAUUUAAGGGUGCCUGAAGAAAACUAGUCAUCUUUGGCAAGUUACUGACAAACUUUUCCUCAGGUGAAAUACAGACUUGCAUAUCUGUGGAAAACAAGUAGCAUUUUAAUGAACGACUGCAAAUCAUCAAUUAAGGCCCACUGAGUUUGACGUAAAACACCAAUCAAAUAAAUAUAUCAGUUAAGGCCCUUACGAAUAGUGAGAGAUGGGAAUUUACAAAUUUCUUGUAUAAAGGCUGGAAUUGAACCUGCACUUCUUACGAUGUAUUAAAGCAGUAUUGCAACAAUCCAUUUGUGCUAUCCUUCUUCUUGCUGUCAAACUGUGCAUUAGUUCAUAUUUUGUCAAAUGUUUUGAUCAGCUCAUGCACAUGUAUCAAUUCAUUCAACCAACAUUUAAUGUACUUGCCGUGGAAGGGCAACAGUGCAUCAAAAGCAAAUUCCCUCUGAAACUGUGUUUGACAUUUACAAAAACAUUUGCUCUAUCGUUGUGAAAUUUUGCACAGUAUUUCAGUAAUCAAGUCAACAUACUGUAGCAAGGAUUACUCUGUAGACACAGAUGUGCUCCUAUGAGUAUGUGCAAAUGCAUUAUCGGUUGGAUUUUCAACAUUUUACAAACAGAUUCAAGAUUGCAAUGGAUUUCUUUUUAUGGAUGACAAUGCUCGUCCUCAUUGUGCCAGAGUGAUAAAUGUUUUCUUUGAACAUGCAAUGGCCCGGUAAUUCCCUAAAUCUCAAUCCUGUUGAACAUUUGUGGGACCAGUUGAAACAGUGUAUCACCGUGUUACAACGGUGUCCAAUCUUGAUGAUGUUAGACAUCUGUUUCAGGAAGAGUAGUUAAUCAUCCCUCAAAAUCGGAUCAUAUGCCUCAUUAACACGAUGCGAGCUGACUGUC